AUGGUGACUCCAAAGCCUACUCGACCAAAGUCAUUAGAAUGGAAAGGGCCCUCGCAACUUGCAAUCUUCGUACGCAAUUUGAAGCUGUUGAAUCUAGAGCAACGCAAUGACUGGCCUGGCGUCACACUCCGCGCAUUGUCGCCGUCAUCACAGAAUCAAAGGCAGCGCAUUCGACUAAUAGAGUGGUCUUUGUACCAACUUUUUGCGAUAUGGGACCCCGAAGUCGCUCAGAAUAAACUCCGUCCCUUUUUCCCACCGCUUGAACAUUUACAAUCGGUCAAUCUUCGCGCAGCUCUGUUUCGAGCCUUGACUGAACUGAAAAAGAAUGGCGACUUGGGAAGAGAAACAUUUCUGCGCAAGACAAUGCUCGACGAUUGCAGAGGAGAGAAGUUUGAUGAAGUGCUUGCAGUUUUCUCCAGCGCAGUACUUCGUAACCUCCUUGCAGCCUCAUCCACAGAAAUCAUCUGGAACCCGGUGAUGGUAUUGUCAACAGCUUCGGCAAUAACUCCAGCAGAUUAUCAGAACCUGGUUCCAUUGAUCAUCGCUCAUCAAUUCUCUCUUGAGAGGACAGGGGCUCGUCGUACGCGCGUGGAGGAGACAGUCCAGCAAUUCACUCGCUUGAUGGACGACAAGAGAGCCGAGCUUGAGGAGCGCUCCGAAAGAAUAAGGAAGCGUAAUUCUCGAGGACAAGAGCUGUCAGAAGCGGACACAGAGGCCUUGGCGCAUGAGCUGCAAACCAACUGGCUUGGAGCCAAGGAAUGGAUUACAACUAUACAAGAGGGGGGCUCUGAAAGCAACGUCGAUGCUUUGCUAAAGUUGCCAUUUCCUCAGGCCCUAAAAUGUGUUUCUGAGCCAACGUGGCAAAAGUCCAGCGAAUCCCAUGAAGCCGAUCUUAUGAGAGACCUUGAGAAACGCGUAUCACAACUUCGUGGCCGGCUUCGUAAAUGGAAUGAGUUCAGCGAAAGUCUUCGCCAUAGACGCCGACAUAUCAAGGGCUUGGCCACGAGUCCUGUCAAAGAGCCUCGAGAGUUGUUUCGAGGUCAUCAGUCACUUAAUGUGGCAAGCAUAUCGAAAACCGUACGAGAAUCCGCAACCCGUGAGAGAGAGAUGAACGAAGCGGCUCGUUCUUUUUUGAACAGGGUGAAUGCGGCGAUCACCGAGGAAGAGGUCAAGCCGGUCGUCGACAAAGGACCAGACGUGAUGAUGAAGGACUCGAUACAAGUGAACAACCAUAGCAUUACACCCACUGUUCCUUCAAUCGCCCUGUCUGAACACCACUCUGGGUCUCCUAGUCCGAAAUCAUGGCCCUCAUUCACAUCUUCGCCUCCUACAGCAAAUCUAUCCAUGGAAGCUUCCGCGGACACCACACAAUCAGAGGAUGAUGAUGAACCCAAUCUUCCGACUCACCAACCUCAGCCUCGGUCCACACCAUCUAAUCUCGUCGAACGAACUCGCAAAUCCAUGUCCCUCAUUCCACCCCUCCCAGCCCAAGAGACUCAACCUUCUUCCAAACGCCGCGGUCCACGCCCAUCCUUCCCAGUCAAUCAGUUCGAAACACCUCGCAAAUCGUCCCGUCCUGAAAUCAGCCGAUCCUCCACGCCAAAGGAUAAGCUCUUCGAAGAAGACGCAGAUUAUGCGAGUGUAUUCAAGUCUCGUCCUCGCAUUGCGCUCAGUCCAAUCUCUUCGCCGGCUGUCCAUGUGAGUCCCUCGAUGAUAGGGGACGAGAGUUUCACUUUGGAAUAUGAUGAUAGUGAGCUUGGGGGUGGGGAUUCACCGCUGGUGUCAUCGCGGUUUAGGAAUUAA